AUGGAUGAGAAACACGCAGUGCCGAUGCCGCCGCCGAUCCGCCGGGGCUUCAGCCCACUUCGGUUGGCCGUCGCUAUCGGGUACCUAGCCCUUGUCGCCGUCACCUACGUCUGCUUCCGUCCGCAGUCCUCGGUUACCUACUGGCCGCCAUCUCCACCGGUGGAAGCGAGCAUAACCCACGCCCACUCUCUCGUCCCCCUCGAGGCGCACAUCAUGAGCAAAUGCCCAGACGCAAGAGACUGCCUCCGCGACAUGGUGCUGCCGGCCAUGCAGAAAGUGCACGACAAAGUCAACUUUACGCUGUCGUUUAUCGGGACUCCCACAGACCGGGAUGACGGAGUGGCGUGCAAGCACGGACCGGAGGAGUGUCUUGGCAACAUCAUCGAGCUCUGCGCGCAACGGCUGUACCCGGACCCCAAGACGUUUCUGGGCUUCACCAUGUGCCUGACGCGCGACUACAAGCACAUACCGCAGCGGAGCCUGAUCGAGGACUGCGCGCUGGAGCAUGCCAUCGACUUUGAUGCGCUGAACGAGUGCGCGACGCGCGACGACGGUGCGCUGGGCGUUGGCAUGCUGCGGGCCAGCGUGAAGCGGACUGCCGAGGUAAUUAAAGGACACCAACCACAAAUAGCGCUUGCUCUCUCUAUCUUGUCGUCGUCUAAUCUAACUAAACCGUGUGUGGGCAGGCCGGUGUGA